ACGUGACCGCCAAGGACGUGUCAGGUAAGUCUCGUAGACACGGAAGCGCGAGACUUUUACCUACUGGAAAGUUAUCUGAAAAUGACAAGAAAUUAGCUAGAAUACCGGGAUUUAGGAUACAUUUCUUCGAAACAAACAACCAUAAUGGCCGGUGGUAAUUUGAACAAAGCCAUUGAUCUCGCCAAAAGAGCAUCCGAUCAGGACUCUGCCAAAAACUAUGAAGAGGCCCUACGGCUUUAUCAGAGCGCAGUGCAGUACUUCCUUCACGUCAUUAAGUAUGAGACCAAGGGCGAGCGCUCCAACGAGAUGAUCCGAGCCAAGUGUGCCGACUACCUGGAUCGAGCCGAGCAGCUGAAGCAGUACUUGAAGAAGAAGGAGAGCGAGCCACCCACCAAACCAGUCAAAGAGUCCGAUGGCAAAGGCAAUGAAAGUGACGAAGGGGAAGAUUCUGAGAAGAAGAAGUUCAAAAAUCAGCUGUCAGGCGCCAUCGUGAUGGAGAAGCCAAAUGUUAAGUGGAGUGAUGUCGCCGGCUUGGAAGGAGCCAAAGAGGCCCUCAAGGAGGCGGUUAUCUUGCCCAUCAAGUUUCCUCAUCUCUUCACUGGUAAGCGAACUCCAUGGCGCGGGAUCCUUCUCUUCGGUCCUCCGGGUACGGGAAAGUCCUACCUGGCCAAGGCUGUCGCCACAGAAGCCGGCAACUCCACCUUCUUCUCCAUCUCCUCCUCAGAUCUAGUGUCCAAGUGGCUUGGAGAGAGUGAAAAAUUGGUGAAGAACCUCUUCUCGCUGGCAAGAGAACACAAACCCUCCAUCAUCUUUAUUGACGAGAUCGACUCGCUCUGCGGCUCUCGCAGUGAGAAUGAGAGCGAGGCGGCGCGCAGGAUCAAGACAGAGUUCCUGGUCCAGAUGCAGGGUGUUGGGAAUGAUAAUGAGGGGAUCCUGGUGCUUGGAGCCACAAAUAUACCAUGGACUUUGGAUUCAGCCAUCAGGAGAAGGUUCGAAAAGCGCAUCUACAUCCCCCUGCCAGAGCAGCCGGCACGCUCCAUCAUGUUCAAGCUGCACCUGGGCUCCACGCCCAACCAGCUGACAGAGGCCGACUUUGUCACGCUCGGUAAAAAAACGGAUGGUUACUCGGGGGCCGACAUCUGCAUCGUUGUCAGAGACGCCCUCAUGCAGCCCGUCAGGAAGGUGCAGUCGGCCACACACUUCAAGAAGAUUCGAGGCUCGUUGUGGAUGAACCCUGACAUCAUCGUGGACGACCUUCUCACACCUUGCUCUCCAGGCGACCCCGGCGCUGUAGCCAUGACUUGGAUGGACGUGCCCACGGAGAAGCUUCUCGAGCCUGUCGUCUCCAUGGCUGACAUGCUGCGCUCCCUAUCCAGAACAAAGCCCACCGUCAACGAGGACGACUUGCAAAAGCUGACCAAGUUCACUGAAGACUUCGGUCAAGAAGGGUGAUCGCUUACCAACGUUUACCAGUCGACAGGUCAAACACACGUUACAUGAAGAUAAAUUUGGACUGCAAUCACUGAUCGUAAUUACAUGGCUCUUUAUUGUUCAUAUUUAUUUCUCAUCUUGUUUUUAUAGUGUUUCUCACAUUUUGCCAAGAACUCCAGAUGACUACUAAAUCAAGUUUUGGAAAAUAUUAACUCACUGGCUGCCAAUGAUGGCAAUUGAUGUCCAAUCCAUUUGAACUGUGAGUGACUGGCAGUGCCCCCCUUGUGCAAAUGGAGUGGACGUCUUUCGCCAUCGAUGGCAUUGAAACAUCAUUUACUUUAUUCAAUUUUGGGUACAUGCUUAGGAGAUGAUAGUAAAGAUGAGCUGGUGAUGGAGCUCAGAUUUGCGUCUGUUACAUAAUAGUAAUUUAAUUAGUUUUUAUUAUUCCACAUUUGCCUUGACUUUGAAUAUGGGGAGUUUGUUAGCAGUGAUUUUCAAUCUUGUAAGAUCCCUAAACUUAUCUAAUGUUCUCGUUUUGCACUUUUGUGUCCUAAAAUCUGUUCUGUGAAUUGAAUCGAAAUAAACUGUCACUCAUGAGAAUGUGAAUAUAUGAUUUAAUUGUUAAAAUACUUCUCGUCUAGACAGUCAUACAUUUAAUUGCAGGUUUAAUAAUACUUUAGUACAUUUAUCUUGAAACCUUCACUUGGAAACAAAAAGAACAUCCGCCAGCUCCACACAUUACUUCAAUUAGUUUCUACUGAGAAUUAAUCAAAGGUCAAUCUUGGACCGAUUUGUAAUAUGUAUUUGUAUACAAUAACACAAAACAAAAAUGUAACUGGCUCUCUAAACAAAGAAAUUGGCUCAAAACAUUUAUUGAAAUGAAACAUACCAUAAAAGGAGCUGCCAGUGUUAAAAAAAACAAAUCACAUUGGGAAGUUGUGAAUUUAGCGCACGGAAAAGCCCAGUGGCAGUUUUUUGGAGGUUGCCAUAUUGGGAAGGUGUGUCAAGUGUACCGAAAACAUUUGAAUUUGUGCUAAUUGAUUAGUAAGCUCGAGCUACAAAAAAAAAACCUGUCCUAUGUUCUACAAACCAAAAACCAUGUAAAAAAAAAAAUGAACAUUUUAAAAAUCCAA